AAAGGCACCAAACUUUGUGUGGUUGUAGCUGGAAGGGGUACAGAUAAGCAACCUGUCCAACAUUCACUGAACAGCAGGAACUGUUUAGACUUUUGGCUUUCUGAAGCAAGAAAGCAAAGAGGAGCAAACCCAAGGAAGGAGCAUCAUGAGUACCGCAGGCAAAGUCAUUAAAUGCAAAGCAGCCAUUGCUUGGGAGAUUAAGAAACCCCUGAGCAUUGAACAAAUAGAAGUAGCUCCUCCAAAGGCUCAUGAAGUUCGUAUUAAGAUUUUGGCCACAGGGAUAUGUCGCUCAGAUGACCAUGUGAUCAGUGGUGCUUUUACUAUGCCUUUACCAAUGGUUCUGGGCCAUGAAGCAGCUGGUGUUGUGGAAAGUGUUGGAGAGGGAGUGACCUGUGUGAAACCAGGAGACAAAGUAAUUCCACUCUUUGUUCCACAGUGUGGAAAUUGCAGCGCUUGCCGAAGUACCAAAGGCAACCUGUGUACUGCAAAUGACCUUAGUGCAGGUCUUGGCUUAAUGCCAGAUGGCACCUGUAGGUUCACUUGCAAAGGAAAGAGCCUGCACCACUUCAUCAGCACCAGCACCUUCACCGAAUACACUGUGGUACAUGAAAAUGCAGUGGUCAAAAUUGAUGAUGCUGCCCCUUUGGAAAAAGUGUGCCUGGUUGGCUGUGGGUUUUCGACUGGCUAUGGAGCAGUUGUUCAAACAGCCAAGGUGGAACCUGGGUCUACCUGUGCUGUCUUUGGCUUGGGAGGAGUUGGUCUAUCAGCAGUGAUGGGCUGUAAAGCAGCUGGAGCUUCCCGAAUCAUUGGGGUUGAUAUCAACAAAGACAAAUUUGCUAAGGCUAAAGAGCUGGGAGCGACUGAGUGUGUCAACCCUUUGGAUUUCAAGAAGCCAAUCAAUGAAGUGCUGUUUGACUUGACAGGCGGAGAAGGUGUAGACUAUUCAUUUGAAGUGAUUGGGCGUAUAGAUACCAUGACAGCUGCCCUGGCUUCUUGCCACAACAACUAUGGAACCAGUGUGAUUGUGGGGGUCCCUCCUUCAGCAGCUCAAAUCAAUAUUGACCCAAUGUUGCUUUUCACAGGACGUACCUGGAAAGGAUCAGUGUUUGGAGGCUGGAAGAGCAAAGACUCUGUCCCUAAACUGGUUUCUGAUUUCAUGGGGAAGAAAUUCAUUUUAGAUCCAUUAAUAACACAUACAAUGCCUUUUGAGAAAAUCAAUGAAGGAUUUGAACUGCUCCGAUCAGGAAAGAGCAUUCGCACUGUCUUGACCUUUUAAGAUCUUGUUGUAAGAAGAAGGCCAACGACAUGAAGUUCCUUCUCCACAGCGCUGAUAAUCAACAAUGUGUCAUGUUUUAUCUUCCUUUCUUUCUCCUGCUCCAUCCUUGUGUCUGCUUAAUGGAUCGAAUGGAUGCUGAAAAUUCUGAAGAGACUUAUUUUAGAAUUCAUGUCAUUAAUCAUGGUUUAAAAUAUAUACAUACUUGUAAAAUUAGUUGACCAGAUAAUGGAAGAAAGUCAUCUCCAGCCACAGAAAAUGUAUCUUCUUUUAGUAAAUUAUUAUAUAAACAAUAAUCUUUUUCUGCUUCCAAAUUUAAAAAAAGGAGGCUACUGCAACCACUAUUUUCCAAUGUUAAGAUAUUUGACCACGUGAUUAUUUUGUUUUUAUUUUGGUCAUUUCUUUUUAAUCAAGAAGUGGUAUACUAUGAAAUUCUUAGCAUUAUCUGUUUGAUUUUAGAGUUGAGAUUAAAUAUAAACUUGAUCUACAAAA